CCAUCCCGGGCUGAGAGUUACAAGAGCCCAGCCCUAGACUGGGUGCUGCCCACUCGGUGCGCUCCUGCGGCAGGGAUACCACACGAGAGAGCCUGCUCGCCGGGGCUCAGCUACCGCCUCCAGGAAUCCAGGACAGGAUCGGGGUCUGGGCAGAAGCAGCCACCGGGACAAAGCCGGGCAUGGCCGUGCCGGGCAGCUGAAGGCCACGGACCCGCAGGUUGGGAAGUUGGAAGAAACAUUACCAAAGGAUUGGCAAGUGACGAGAAGGGAAUUCCUGGGGCGGUUCCGGCCUGGACCAAAGUCCUAGAAAGAUGGAGAAGGAGGAAGAAGAGACCCGGGAGAUUCUGCUCCCCGACUGGGAAGGCAUUGGCUCUCGCGGACUUACCAUCGACCAGACGAACGAAGGCGUUUUCGUGAAACAGGUUCAACAGGACUCACCCGCUGCCAAAGCAGGCAUUGUGAAAGAAGGGGAUCAGAUCGUGAGUGCCACAAUCUACUUCGACAACCUGCAGUCCGGGGAAGUCACAGAGCUCCUGAAGAACGUGGGCCACCACACUGUUGGCCUUCGGCUGCAGAGGAAAGGCGACCGGUCUCCAUUGCCAGGACAGUCUUGGUCCCAUGAUGUCUUUGCCUCAAGGAGUCCAGAGGUUGUUUUGAGCGGAGAUGACGAAGAGUACAAACGGAUUUAUACCACAAAAAUCAAGCCUCGCCUUAAAUCGGAAGAUGGCAUGGAAGUUGAGCACACAGGAACCCAAAGCAGAACCAUCACAGUCACUAAGAGAGUUACUGCUUACACUGUCGAUGUCACAGGUCAUGAGGGAGCCAAAGAGAUUGACAUCAGCAGCCCGGAGUUUAAAAUCAAGAUUCCGAAACAUGAACUCACCCACAUUUCCAAAGCUGAGAUUGAAACAGAACCUGGGAAAACUGUCAUCAAGAUUCCACACGUUGACUUGUCAGGGAGAACAACUACCCAGAUAACAGACUCCCACGCUGGGGUGAGAGGAAGACCUGACAUUACGUAUACUGGACCAACUAUUGAGUCACCCUCUCAGAGGUUGGAGUUUGGUGUUCCUGGCAUCCACAUGGAACAGCCUAAGGUUGGGAAAACUGAUAUUCGAAUAUCUGGGCCUCAUGUCACAGGUGUAGAUCUGAGAACCCAGGCUGACUUUAUACCAGGAGGCCAGGAAGCUGGUUUCCAUGUUACAACGCCGGAAGUGAAUGGGAAAGGAGGUCGGGGUAAAAUCCAAGGUGAUGUGGGAGGGCUGCAAGCUGAUUUAUCAUUGCCCCACCUCAAGGGCCCUUCAGUUGGUAUUUCGGGACCCCAAAUUCAAGGUGAUCUGAAAGGUCCAAAAGUGGACAUCUCCAGUGCCAGUGUCGAAGGCAACAUCAAAUCUCCAGAUAUCGACACUGGAAGCACAGGAAAGGUGGCGUUUCCUGCAAUGAAAAUGCCCAAAUUUGGUAUAUCAGUUUCUGAUGUUGAGGUUCCUCAGCUUGAUGCAGUGGCUCCAUCGGCUUCAAUAAAAGGCCCAGAAGUGUCAUUGAAAGGCUCCAAAUGGGCCAUGGGAGAACCUGGAAUCCCACAACCACAGAUGGACGUGGGCCUGAAAGGUGUGGACUUGAAGGGUGGCCUGAAGACCUCCUCUCCAACAUUGGAAGGCCCCAAGGUGGAUAUCAAAGGGCCUGCGGUGGAUCUUGGGGGUCCAGAUGUCGGUCUUGAAGGGGGCGAAGGAAAACUUAAAAUACCCCACAUGAAACUUCCUAAAUUUUCUGCAACAGACCCUGCAGUGACUGUGACUGUUCCAAAAGGGGGACUUAACAUCUCAGGACCUAAAGUGGAUUUGCAAGCUCCUGACGUGACCCUUGAAACACACGUGAAAGGACCCAGAUAUGGCAAGCCUGAAAUAGCUGGUCAGACACCCCAAAUUUCUAUGUCAGAUGUUGACUUGAAUCUCAGGGGCCCUAAAGGGAAAGGUGCCAUGGACAUUUCAGGACCAAGGGUGGAAGGCCACUUAAAAGGGCCUGGAAUGAAUAUUAAGGGUCCCAAACUAGAUAUUGAAACUGCCAACGUUGACCUGAAAGGUCCAAAAGUCUCAAUGCCGUCCAUGCAAACAUCACCAGUAAAAGUCACUGUGCCAGAUGUGGACUUGAAUGUCCAAGGGCCAAACCUAAAGGGCGAUGUGGCUGUUUCUGUGCCAAAGAUAGAAGGCGGCCUCAAGGGGCCCCAGAUAGAUCUAAAAGGCCCCAAAGUGGACAUAGCUGCACCUGACAUUGGUAUCAAAGGCCCUGGAGGACAACUGAAGGGUCCUCAUGUCAAGAUGCCUGAAAUGCAUGUUAAGACCCCGCAAAUAUCCGUGCCAGACAUUGGCCUGAAUCUGAAAGGCCCCAAAGUCAAGGGGGCCCCCCAAAUAUCCAUCCCAGACAUUGAUCUGAAUGUGAAAGGCCCCAAAGUCAAGGGGGGUGUUGAUGUUUCCAUCCCAAAAGUGGAAGGAGAAUUAAAGGGCCCAGCUGUUGACAUCAAAGGCCCCCAAUUGGACAUUGGAACACCAGAUGUCGAACUUCACGGACCUGAACUCAAAAUGCCAAAGAUGAAAUUGCCCAAGUUUGGGGUGAAAGGAGAAGUUCCUGAUGUGGAUGUCAGUCUUCCAAAGGGAAGCAUCGAUGUUUCAGCUCCAAAUGUAGACACUGAAGCUCCCACCUUCAACAUCAAAGGUCCUGGAGGACAACUGAAGGGUCCUCAUGUCAAGAUGCCAGAAAUGCAUGUUAAGACCCCGCAAAUAUCCGUGCCAGACAUUGGCCUGAAUCUGAAAGGCCCCAAAGUCAAGGGGGCCCCCCAAAUAUCCAUCCCAGACAUUGAUCUGAAUGUGAAAGGCCCCAAAGUCAAGGGGGGUGUUGAUGUUUCCAUCCCAAAAGUGGAAGGAGAAUUAAAGGGCCCAGCUGUUGACAUCAAAGGCCCCCAAUUGGACAUUGGAACACCAGAUGUCGAACUUCACGGACCUGAACUCAAAAUGCCAAAGAUGAAAUUGCCCAAGUUUGGGGUGAAAGGAGAAGUUCCUGAUGUGGAUGUCAGUCUUCCAAAGGGAAGCAUCGAUGUUUCAGCUCCAAAUGUAGACACUGAAGCUCCCACCUUCAACAUCAAAGGUCCUGGAGGACAACUGAAGGGCCCCCAUGUCAAGAUGCCAGAAAUGCAUGUUAAGACCCCGCAAAUAUCCGUGCCAGACAUUGGCCUGAAUCUGAAAGGCCCCAAAGUCAAGGGGGCCCCCCAAAUAUCCAUCCCAGACAUUGAUCUGAAUGUGAAAGGCCCCAAAGUCAAGGGGGGUGUCGACGUUUCAAUCCCAAAAGUGGAAGGAGAAUUAAAGGGCCCAGCUGUGGACAUCAAGGGCCCCCAAUUGGACAUUGGAACACCAGAUGUUGAACUUCACGGACCUGAACUCAAAAUGCCAAAGAUGAAAUUGCCCAAGUUUGGGGUGAAAGGAGAAGUUCCUGAUGUGGAUGUCAGUCUUCCAAAGGGAAGCAUCGAUGUUUCAGCUCCAAAUGUAGACUUUGAAGCUCCCACCUUCAACAUCAAAGGUCCUGGAGGACAACUGAAAGGUCCUCAUGUCAAGAUGCCAGAAAUGCAUGUUAAGACCCCGCAAAUAUCCAUGCCAGACAUUGACCUGAACUUGAAAGGCCCCAGAGUCAAGGGAGGUGUUGACGUUUCAAUCCCAAAAGUAGAAGGAGAAUUAAAGGGCCCAGCUGUGGACAUCAAGGGCCCCCAAUUGGACAUUGGAACACCAGAUGUCGAACUUCACGGACCUGAACUCAAAAUGCCAAAGAUGAAAUUGCCCAAGUUUGGGGUGAAAGGAGAAGUUCCUGAUGUGGAUGUCAGUCUUCCAAAGGGAAGCGUCGAUGUUUCAGCUCCAAAUGUAGACAUUGAAGCUCCCACCUUCAACAUCAGAGGUCCUGGAGGACAACUGAAAGGUCCUCAUGUCAAGAUGCCAGAAAUGCAUGUUAAGACCCCGCAAAUAUCCAUGCCAGACAUUGACCUGAAUCUGAAAGGGCCCAAAGUCAAGGGAGGUGUUGACGUUUCAAUCCCAAAAGUGGAAGGAGAAUUAAAGGGCCCAGCUGUUGACAUCAAAGGCCCCAAACUGGACAUUGGAACACCAGAUGUCGAACUUCAUGGACCUGAACUCAAAAUGCCGAAGAUGAAAUUGCCCAAGUUUGGGGUGAAAGGUGAAGUGCCAGAUGUGGAUGUCAGUCUUCCAAAGGGAAGCAUCGAUGUUUCAGGUCCUAAGGUGGACAUUGAAGCUCCUGGAUUAGACAUUGAAGGACCAGAAGGCAGAAUAAAAGGUCCUAAAUUCAAGAUGCCUGAAAUGCAUAUUAAAACUCCUCAGAUCUCCAUGCCAGACAUUGAUUUGAACUUGAAAGGGCCUAAAGUGAAAGGGGACUUUGAUGUUUCUGUGCCGAAAUUAGAAGGUGGCUUAAAAGGUCCUGCAAUUGAUAUCAAGGGGCCCCAAGUAGACAUUGAUGUGCCCGAUGUCGACCUUCAUGGUCCUGAAGGAAAAUUGAAGAUGCCCAAAAUGAAAAUGCCCAAAUUUGGAAUGCCAGGUUUCAAAGGGGAAAGCCCUGGCGUGGAUGUCAGUCUUCCAAAGGGUGACAUUAGUAUAUCAGGUCCCAAAGUAGACGUUGAAGCUCCUGGACUUGACAUUGAAGGACCUGAAGGCAAAAUUAAAGGCCCCAAAUUUAAGAUGCCAGAGAUGAACAUCAAAGCACCCAAAAUCUCCAUGCCUGAUGUGGAUUUCAACCUCAAAGGCCCCAAACUGAAAGGAGAUGCGGACGUUUCCCUACCAAAGGUUGAAGGUGAUUUGAAUUUGAAGGGUCCAGAAAUUGACAUCAAAGGUCCCAAGCUGGAUAUUGAUGCUCCAGAUGUUGACCUCCAUGGCCCAGAAGGAAGACUGAAAAUGCCCAAAUUCAAAAUGCCCAAAUUUGGAAUGCCAAGCUUCAAAGCAGAAGGUCCAGAGGUGGAUGUAAAUCUUCCGAAAGCAGACGUUGACCUUUCUGCUCCCAAAGUAGACAUUGAAGCACCAGGCUUGGACAUUGAAGGCCCAGAAGGAAAACUGAAAGGGCCCAAGUUUAAGAUGCCUGAACUGAAUAUCCAUGCACCCAAGAUAUCAAUGCCAGAUGUAGAUUUCAAUCUGAAAGGGCCAAAACUGAAGGGAGAUGUGGAUAUCUCUGGGCCAAAGAUAGAAGGUGACCUGAAAGGACCCAAGGUCAACAUUGAGGGUCCUAACUUGGAUGUUGAUGUCCCAGAUGUGGAACUGGAGGGUCCUGAAGGAAAAAUCAAAGGUUCCAGAUUCAAGAUGCCAAAACUCAAUAUUAAAUCUUCUAAAAUUUCCAUGCCAGAUGUCGACUUGAAUCUCAAGGCCCCCAAAAUGAAGGGUGAAAUGGAUGUGUCUGUCCCAAAGAUUGAGGGUGAUAUGAAAGGACCCAGCAUUGACAUCAAGGGCCCCAAACUUGAUGUGGAUCUCCCAGAUGUUGACCUUGAAGGCCCAGAUGCUAAAAUUAAGAUGCCCAAGAUGAAGCUGCCCAAGUUUGGGGUGCCUGGCUUCAAAGGGGAAGGCCCUGAUGUUGACAUGAGCCUCCCUAAAGCAGACAUUGAUGUUUCGGGACCAAAACUGAAUGCUGAUAUGCCGAGCAUAGACAUCGAAGGUCCAGAGGGAAAACUGAAAGGUCCCAAGUUCAAAAUGCCUGAAAUGCAUUUCAAGACACCCAAAAUCUCCAUGCCGGAUAUUGACUUAAACUUGAAAGGUCCCAGAGCGAGAGGGGAGAUGGAUGUAACUGUCCCAAAUAUUGAAGGCAAUUUGAAAGGACCCCAAAUGGAUAUCAAGGGCCCCAAAGUGGAUAUCGAAGCUCCAGAUAUUGACAUUGAAGGCCCCGAAGGAAAAUGGAAGAGUCCGAAGUUUAAGAUGCCCGAAAUGCACAUCAAGGCUCCAAAAAUAUCCAUGCCAGAUGUUGAUUUGAAUCUGAAAGGUCCCAAAAUCAAGGGUGAUGUGGAUGUUUCAGUCCCCAAACUUGAAGGAGACUUGAAAGGCCCAGAAUUUGAUAUCAAAGGACCCAAAGUGGACAUUGACAUGCCAGAUGUUGAUCUCCAUGGGCCAGAGGGAAAACUGAAGAUGCCCAAAUUCAAAAUGCCCAAAUUUGGAAUGCCAGGCUUCAAAGGGGAAGGCCCAGAUGUUGACGUGAGCCUCCCCAAAGCAGACAUUGAUGUUUCUGUUCCAAAAGUUGAUGUUGAUGCACCAAGCCUGGACAUUGAAGGGCCAGAAGGAAAAGUGAAAGGGCCCAGAUUUAAGAUGCCUGACAUGCACUUCAAAGCACCCAAAAUCUCCAUGCCAGAUGUUGAUUUCAAUUUGAAAGGCCCUAAAGUGAAGGGAGAGUAUGAUGUUACAGUUCCAAAGCUGGAAGGUGACUUGAAAGGUCCAGACAUCAACAUUAAAGGUCCUAAGCUAGACAUAGAUGCUCCUGAUGUUGACAUUGAAGGCCCUGAAGGAAAAUGGAAGAGUCCGAAGUUUAAGAUGCCCGAAAUGCACAUCAAGGCUCCAAAAAUAUCCAUGCCUGAUGUGGAUUUGAAUCUGAAAGGUCCCAAAAUCAAGGGUGAUGUGGAUGUUUCAGUCCCCAAACUUGAAGGAGACUUGAAAGGCCCAGAAUUUGAUAUCAAAGGACCCAAAUUGGACAUUGGCAUGCCUGAUGUUGAUCUCCAUGGACCUGAAGGCAAAUUGAAGAUGCCCAAAUUCAAAAUGCCCAAAUUUGGAAUGCCCGGCUUCAAAGGAGAAGGCCCAGAUGUUGACAUGAGCCUCCCCAAAGCAGACAUUGAUGUUUCUGUUCCAAAAGUUGACAUUGAUGCUCCAAGCGUGGACAUUGAAGGCCCAGAAGGAAAAGUGAAAGGGCCCAGAUUUAAGAUGCCUGACAUGCACUUCAAAGCUCCAAAGAUCUCUCUGCCAGAUGUUGACUUGAAUCUGAAAGGCCCUAAACUGAAGGGAGAUGUUGACGUUUCGGUUCCAAAGCUGGAAGGUGACCUGAAAGGCCCAGAUGUGGAUAUCAAGGGUCCCAAGCUAGAUGUUGACCUUCCUGAUGUUGAGCUUGAAGGUCCUGAAGGAAAACUCAGAGGUCCCAAGUUUAAGAUGCCUGACAUGCAUUUUAAGACCCCCAAAAUCUCCAUGCCAGAUUUUGACUUGAACUUGAAAGGGCCGAAAGUGAAGGGGGAUGUGGAUGUUUCAGUGCCGAAGUUGGAAGGUGAUCUGAAAGGCCCCAAUAUUGACAUUAAAGGGCCAGGAUUGGACAUUGAUGCUCCUGAUGUUAACAUUGAAGGUCCAGAAGGAAAGUGGAAGAGCCCCAAAUUUAAGAUGCCAGAAGUGCACAUAAAGGCACCUAAAAUCUCCAUGCCUGACAUUGAUUUGAACCUAAGGGGUCCCAAAGUAAAAGGCGAUCUGGAUGUGUCUGUGCCAAAGUUGGAAGGUGACUUGAAAGGCCCGGAGGUGGAUCUCAAAGGACCCAAAUUGGACAUUGACGUUCCUGAUGUUGACCUAGAAGGACCUGAAGGGAAGCUAAAGGGCCCCAAAUUCAAAAUGCCUGAAAUGCAUAUCAAAGCUCCCAAAAUCUCCAUGCCAGAUUUAGACCUGGGUUUGAAAGGACCCAAAGUGAAGGGGGAUGUGGAUGUUUCAGUGCCGAAGUUGGAAGGUGAUCUGAAAGGCCCUGAUGUCAACAUCAAAGGUCCUAAAGUUGGCGUAGAUAUUCCUGAUGUUGAGAUUGAAGGACCUGAAGGAAAACUCAAAGGGCCCAAAUUUAAGAUGCCAGAAAUGCAUUUUAAUGUCCCUAAGAUCUCCAUGCCGGACAUUGAUUUGAACUGGAGGGGUCCCAAAAUAAAAGGAGAUGCUGAUGUUUCUAUUCCUAAAUUGGAGGGUGACUUGAAGGGCCCAAAUGUUGACAUCAAGGGUCCCAAACUGGAUGUUGACAUCCCUGAUGUUGAGCUUGAAGGCCCUGAAGGAAAACUCAAAGGGCCCAAAUUUAAGAUGCCUGAAAUGAACAUCAAAGCACCCAAAAUCUCCAUGCCAGAUUUUGACCUGAACCUGAAGGGUCCCAAACUGAAGGGGGAUAUUGAUGUUUCUUUGCCAAAGGUAGAGGGGGAUCUGAAAGGACCAGAUGUUGAUAUAAAAGGUCCCAAAUUAGAUAUUGAUGCCCCUGACAUCAGUAUAGAUGGUCCAGAGGGAAAAGUGAAAGGUCCCAAGUUUAAGAUGCCUGACAUGCACUUCAAAGCACCCAAAAUCUCCAUGCCAGAUGUUGAUUUCCAUUUGAAAGGCCCUAAACUGAAGGGAGAUGUUGACCUUUCGGUUCCAAAGCUGGAAGGUGACCUGAAAGGCCCAGAUGUGGAUAUCAAGGGUCCCAAACUAGAUGUUGACCUUCCUGAUGUUGAGCUUGAAGGUCCUGAAGGAAAACUCAGAGGUCCCAAGUUUAAGAUGCCUGAUAUGCAUUUUAAGACCCCCAAAAUCUCCAUGCCAGAUUUUGACUUGAACUUGAAAGGUCCCAAAGUGAAGGGGGAUGUGGAUGUUUCGGUGCCAAAGUUGGAAGGUGAUCUGAAGGGCCCUGAAAUUGAUAUCAAAGGACCCAAACUUGAUGUAGAUGUUCCUGAUGUUGAACUUGAAGGCCCAGAAGGAAAAUGGAAAAGCCCUAAAUUCAAGAUGCCUGAAAUGAACAUCAAAGCACCCAAAAUCUCCAUGCCUGAUGUGGAUUUCAACCUCAAAGGCCCCAAACUGAAAGGAGAUGUGGACGUUUCUCUACCAAAGGUUGAAGGUGAUUUGAAGGGUCCAGAAAUAGACAUUAAAGGUCCCAAGCUGGAUAUUGAUGCUCCAGAUGUUGACCUCCAUGGCCCAGAAGGAAAACUGAAAAUGCCAAAAUUCAAAAUGCCAAAAUUUGGAAUGCCUGGCUUCAAGGGAGAAGGCCCUGAAUUGGAUGUAAAUCUCCCAAAGGGAGACAUUGAUAUAUCUGCUCCCAAUGUGGACAUUGAAGGCCCUGAGUUAGACAUUGAAGGUCCAGAUGGUAAAAUUAAAGGCCCCAAAUUUAAGAUGCCAGAAAUGCACAUCAAAGCGCCAAAGCUUUCCAUGCCAGAUGUGGAUCUUAAUUUGAAGGGUCCAAAACUGAAAGGAGAUGUGGAUGUUUCUCUGCCAAAGGUCGAAGGUGGAUUGAAAGGGCCUGACAUUGACAUAAAGGGCCCCAAAUUGGACAUUGACGCACCAGAUGUUGACUUGCACGGUCCAGAGGGCAAACUCAAAAUGCCCAAGUUUAAAAUGCCCAAAUUUGGAAUGCCUGGUUUCAAGGGAGAAGGCCCUUCCGUGGAUGUGAGCUUACCUAAGGGAGAAGUGGAUAUAUCUGGCCCCAGCCUAGACUUUGAAACACCCGAUUUGGAAAUUGAAGGCCCUGAAGGAAAAUUAAGGGGUCCCAAGUUUAAGAAGCCUGAAAUUAAUUUUAAUGUUCCAAAGAUCUCAAUGCCAGACAUUGACUUGAAUUUGAAAGGUCCUAAAUUAAAGGGAGACUUGGAAGGCGACAUCAAAGGUCCUAAUGUUGAAUUAAAAGGACCUGAAGUUGACUUAGAAGCACCAAAAAUAGAUAUUGAAGCGAAAACAAAGAAAUCAAGAUUUAAGCUUCCAAAGUUCAGUUUUUCUGGUCCAAAGGUUCACACUCCAGAGGUUGACGUGAAGCUUAAGAAACCAGAUGUUAAUAUCUCAGGGCCCAAAGUUGAUGUCCAAGGCCCAGAUGUUGAUGUUCAUGGAAAAGUGAAAGGCCCUAAAUUUAAAAUGCCUUCCCUGAAUAUUUCAUCACCUAAAGUUUCAAAGCCUGAUGUGGAAUUGAAUUUGAAAGGUCCGAAAUUAAAAGGUGACCUUGAUGUUUCUGCACCAAGCCUGGAAGGGGAUUUGAAAGGUCCUGACAUAGAUAUCAAAGGCCCCAAGUUGGACAUUGAUGUUCCAGAUGUUGAUCUCCAUGGACCAGAAGGCAAACUCAAAAUGCCCAAAUUCAAAAUGCCCAAAUUUGGAAUGGCAGGCUUCAAAGGGGAGGGUCCUGAGGUGGAUAUAAACCUCCCCAAAGCAGACAUUGAUGUAUCAGGACCCAAAGUGGACAUUGAAACUCCCGACUUGGAUAUAGAGGGCCCAGAGGGCAAGAUCAAAGGUCCCAAAUUAAAGAUGCCUGAAAUGCAUUUUAAUGUGCCCAAGAUUUCAAUGCCGGACAUAAAUCUGAAAGGCCCUAAACUGAAGGGAGAUGUUGAUGUUUCGGUUCCAAAGCUGGAAGGUGACCUGAAAGGCCCAGAUGUGGAUAUCAAGGGUCCCAAACUAGAUGUUGAUCUUCCUGAUGUUGAGCUUGAAGGUCCUGAAGGAAAACUCAGAGGUCCCAAGUUUAAGAUGCCUGAUAUGCAUUUUAAGACCCCCAAAAUCUCCAUGCCAGAUUUUGACUUGAACUUGAAAGGUCCCAAAGUGAAGGGGGAUGUGGAUGUUUCGGUGCCAAAGUUGGAAGGUGAUCUGAAGGGCCCUGAAAUUGAUAUCAAAGGACCCAAACUUGAUGUAGAUGUUCCUGAUGUUGAACUUGAAGGCCCAGAAGGAAAAUGGAAAAGCCCUAAAUUCAAGAUGCCUGAAAUGAACAUCAAAGCACCCAAAAUCUCCAUGCCUGAUGUGGAUUUCAACCUCAAAGGCCCCAAACUGAAAGGAGAUGUGGACGUUUCCCUACCAAAGGUUGAAGGUGAUUUCAAAGGUCCAGAAAUUGACAUCAAAGGUCCCAAGCUGGAUAUUGAUGCUCCAGAUGUUGACCUCCAUGGCCCAGAAGGAAAACUGAAAAUGCCCAAAUUCAAAAUGCCAAAAUUUGGAAUGCCUGGCUUCAAGGCAGAGGGCCCAGAUGUGGACGUGAGCCUCCCAAAAGCAGACCUUGAUGUUUCUCUUCCGAAGGUGGACAUUGAUGCACCAAGCCUGGACAUCGAAGGCCCAGAAGGAAAAGUGAAAGGUCCCAAGUUUAAGAUGCCUGACAUGCACUUCAAAGCACCCAAAAUCUCCAUGCCAGAUGUUGAUUUCAAUUUGAAAGGCCCUAAACUGAAGGGAGAUGUGGACGUUUCAGUUCCAAAGCUGGAAGGUGACCUGAAAGGCCCAGAUGUGGAUAUCCAGGGUCCCAAACUAGAUGUUGACCUUCCUGAUGUUGAGCUUGAAGGUCCUGAAGGAAAACUCAGAGGUCCCAAGUUUAAGAUGCCUGACAUGCACUUUAAGGCACCCAAAAUCUCCAUGCCAGAUUUUGAUCUAAAUCUCAAAGGGCCGAAAGUGAAGGGUGACGUGGAUGUGUCUGUACCGAAGUUGGAAGGUGAUCUGAAGGGGCCCGACGUUGAUAUAAAAGGGCCGAAAUUAGACGUAGAUGUUCCUGAUGUUGAACUUGAAGGCCCAGAAGGAAAAUGGAAAAGCCCUAAAUUCAAGAUGCCUGAAAUGAACAUCAAAGCACCCAAAAUCUCCAUGCCUGAUGUGGAUUUCAACCUCAAAGGCCCCAAACUGAAAGGAGAUGUGGACGUUUCCCUACCAAAGGUUGAAGGUGAUUUCAAAGGUCCAGAAAUUGACAUCAAAGGUCCCAAGCUGGAUAUUGAUGCUCCAGAUGUUGAUCUCCAUGGCCCAGAAGGAAAACUGAAAAUGCCAAAAUUCAAAAUGCCAAAAUUUGGAAUGCCUGGCUUCAAGGCAGAGGGACCAGAUGUAGACAUGAGCCUCCCAAAAGCAGACCUUGAUGUUUCUCUUCCAAAAGUUGACAUUGAUGCACCAAGCCUGGACAUUGAAGGCCCAGAAGGAAAAGUGAAAGGUCCCAAGUUUAAGAUGCCUGACAUGCACUUCAAAGCACCCAAGAUAUCCAUGCCAGAUGUUGAUUUCAAUUUGAAAGGCCCUAAACUGAAGGGAGAUGUGGACGUUUCAGUUCCAAAGCUGGAAGGUGACCUGAAAGGCCCAGAUGUGGAUAUCCAGGGUCCCAAACUAGAUGUUGACCUUCCUGAUGUCGAGCUUGAAGGUCCUGAAGGAAAACUCAGAGGUCCCAAGUUUAAGAUGCCUGAUAUGCAUUUUAAGACCCCCAAAAUCUCCAUGCCAGAUUUUGACUUGAACUUGAAAGGUCCCAAAGUGAAGGGGGAUGUGGAUGUUUCGGUGCCAAAGUUGGAAGGUGAUCUGAAGGGCCCUGAAAUUGAUAUCAAAGGACCCAAACUUGACGUAGAUGUUCCUGAUGUUGAACUCGAAGGCCCAGAUGGAAAGUGGAAAGGCCCUAAAUUCAAGAUGCCUGAAAUGAACAUCAAAGCACCCAAAAUCUCCAUGCCUGAUGUGGAUUUCAACCUCAAAGGCCCCAAACUGAAAGGAGAUGUGGACGUUUCCCUACCAAAGGUUGAAGGUGAUUUCAAAGGUCCAGAAAUUGACAUCAAAGGUCCCAAGCUGGAUAUUGAUGUUCCAGAUGUUGAUCUCCAUGGCCCAGAAGGAAAACUGAAAAUGCCCAAAUUUAAAAUGCCCAAAUUUGGAAUGCCUAGCUUCAAGGCUGAGGGCCCAGAUGUGGACGUGAGCCUCCCAAAAGCAGAUCUUGAUGUUUCUCUUCCGAAGGUGGACAUUGAUGCACCAAGCCUGGACAUCGAAGGCCCAGAAGGAAAAGUGAAAGGUCCCAAGUUUAAGAUGCCUGACAUGCACUUCAAAGCACCCAAAAUCUCCAUGCCAGAUGUUGAUUUCAAUUUGAAAGGCCCUAAACUGAAGGGAGAUGUGGACGUUUCAGUUCCAAAGCUGGAAGGUGACCUGAAAGGCCCAGAUGUGGAUAUCCAGGGUCCCAAACUAGAUGUUGACCUUCCUGAUGUUGAACUCGAAGGCCCAGAAGGAAAAUGGAAAAGCCCUAAAUUCAAGAUGCCGGACAUGCAUUUCAAGGCACCUAAAAUCUCCAUGCCAGACAUGAAUCUAAACUUGAAAGGGCCUAAACUUAAAGGUGAUGUGGAUGUUUCCGUCCCAGGAUUUGAAGGGGAUCUAAGAGGGCCUGAAAUAGAUAUCAAAGGUCCUAAGAUAGAUGCUCCUGACAUUGACAUUGAGGGACCUGAUGGAAAACUGAAAGGACCUAAAUUUAAGAUGCCUGAAAUGAACAUCAAAGCACCAAAAUUAUCCAUGCCAGAUGUUGACCUCAACUUGAAGGGCCCAAAACUGAAGGGAGAUGUGGAUGUCUCUCUUCCCAAGAUUGGAGGUGAUUUGAAAGCACCAGAUGUGGAUAUACAUGGCCCUAAACUGGAUGUUUCUGUUCCUGAUGUUGAGCUUGAAUGCCCUGAAGGAAAACUUAAAGGUCCUAAGUUUAAGAUGCCUGAUAUGCAUUUUAAGACCCCCAAAAUCUCCAUGCCAGAUUUUGACUUGAACUUGAAAGGUCCGAAAGUGAAGGGGGAUGUGGAUGUUUCAGUGCCAAAGUUAGAAGGUGACCUGAAGGGCCCCGAAAUUGAUAUCAAAGGACCCAAACUAGACGUAGAUGUUCCUGAUGUUGAACUUGAAGGCCCAGAAGGAAAAUGGAAAAGCCCUAAAUUCAAGAUGCCUGAAAUGAACAUCAAAGGACCUAAAAUCUCCAUGCCUGAUGUGGAUUUCAACCUCAAAGGCCCCAAACUGAAAGGAGAUGUGGACGUUUCCCUACCAAAGGUUGAAGGUGAUUUCAAGGGUCCAGAAAUAGACAUCAAAGGCCCUCAAUUGGACAUUGAUGCUCCCAAUGUUGAUAUUCAUGGUCCAGACGGAAAGGUGAAAUUCCCCAAGAUGAAGCUGCCCAAAUUUGGCAUGCCUGAGUUCAAAGGGGAAGGACCUCAUAUUGAUGUAAAUGUACCCAAGGGUGAAUUGGAAUUAUCAGGCCCCAGCUUGAACAUAGAAGGACCAGAAGGAAAACUGAAGGGUCCCAAAAUCAAGACACCUCAAAUAUCCAUGCCAGAGAUUGACUUAAAUCUGAAGGGACCUAAAGUGAAGGGUGAUGUUGAUGUCGCUCUUCCCAAGGUUGAAGGCAGCUUAAAAGGUCCAGGAAUUGAUAUUCAAGGGCCAGGAAUUGAAGCUAAGGGCCCUGAGAUUGACUUGGAGUGUCCAGAUGUAAACCUUGAAGGGCCAGAGGGAAACGUUAAACUCCCUAAAUUUAAAAUGCCAAAGUUUGGAUUUGGAGCAAAAAGCCCCAAGGCAGACGUCUCCCUCCCAGAAGGUGAGCUGAAUGUUGAAUCGCCUGACAUCUCCAUUUCUGGAAAAGGGAAGAAAAGCAAAUUCAAAAUGCCUAAAAUCCACAUGAGCGGGCCUAAAGUCAAAGGCAAGAAGGCUGGCUUUGCCGUGAGUGGCGAUAUGGAUGCAAGUAUGAAAUCGCCAGAUUUGGAAGGAAGCAUUUCUGUCCCUGAAGCAUCCCUGAAAGGAGACAUGAACAUCAAGUCACCCAAAGGAAAGAAGUCUAUGUUUGGGAAACUCUCUUUUCCUGACGUCGAGUUUGAUAUCAAAUCACCUAUGUUCAAGGCUGAUGCUUCUUUGCCAAAGGUGGAAGGGGAAAUCAAGUCACCAGGAAUAGAUGUCUCAUCACCAUCUCUGAAAUCUCCAGAUCUUGACAUCACAGUUCCCAGCGGAAGUGCCAGCCUCCCCGAUGUCAAUAUUGGAGGUCCUGACAUCCAUCUCAAGAAACCAAAGUUCAAAUUCUCAGGUGGAAAUGUCGAUCUGGCUGGUCCCAAACUGGAAGGAGACCUUCGAGGCCCUAGUGUUGAUGCCAACCUCAGCGCGCCUGACAUCAGCCUGAAAGGUCCAUCAGUGAACCUGCCAUCCAUGGGUGUUUCUGCUCCUUCCAUGUCAGCCCCUGACAUUAACUUGAAAGGACCAAAGCUGAAAGGUGAUAUUGACCUUCCCCAGAUGGAAGGACAAGGCCUAGAAGGGAAAUUGAAAAUGCCAAAAUUUGGCUUGCCAAAGAUCGGGAAGCCAGGUGUGAAAGUGGAGGGGCCCGAGGUGGACCUUCAAGGAAAACUGCCCUCAACAAGUGUUGAUGUUUCGGCCCCAAGCAUCGGAGGAAGUAUGAGCGCUCCUGCAGUGGAUGUAAGCUUGAAAGGACCAAAAUUUGGAGGAGACGUGGGCCUUUCUGGUGACAUUAAAGGUCCAAAGAUCGGAUUUGGCACACCAGAUGUUGACGUCAGUGGUUUUGAAGGAAAGCUUAAAAUGCCAAAGGCCCCAGGCCUAGAUGUCAAUGUGAGUGCUCCAGACCUGGACGUGAAAGCGCCAACAGUAAAAAUGGCCUCUGGAGGAGGCAUUUCAGCACCUGACUUUGAUGUGAAUCUGAAAGGACCAAAGAUCAAAGGAGACUUCGGCAUUUCUGGCGGCAUUACAUCUCCCAAGGUGGCUGUUGAGGCACCUGACGUUAACGUGGAAGGCUCUGGAGUUGGAAUUAAGAUUCCCUGCAUGAAGCUGCCCCAGUUUGGCAUCGCCAGUGAAGGAGGAAGUAUUUCAGGACCACAGAUCAAAGGGCCUGAAGUAGAUCUCAAAGGACAUGACAUUAAUGCCCCAGGCUUUGACUUGAAUGUGAAAGGACCAAGUUUGAAAGGUGACGUUAACUUAUCUGGUGGCAUGAAGGGUCAACAGAUCGGCGUGGGGGCACCAGGUGUGAAGAUUUCUGGCAUGGGCUUGGACGCUGGCGCUCCUGAUGUCAGCUUGAGAGGACCUUCGCUCAAUGUGUCAGCUCCCAAAGUUUCUGGGCCAGAGCUAAACAUGGGCAUGCAGGGGUCUGGAGGCCUUCAGUUUUCUGGACCAAAGGCAGGGGUUGAUCUCAAAGGUCCCAAAUUAGAGGUCAAAGGUCCUUCUGUUGGGGUGAAUGUUCCACACGGCCAUUUAGAAAGCCCAUCUGGACAAGUGUCGUUCCCAAAAAUGAAAAUGCCAAAAUUUGUGGUUGCGGGGCAAGAGCUAACAGGAAGGGAGGUUGGAGUUGAUGUUGAGUUCCCUCAGGCACCAGAGGCAAGUUUCCAUGCCGGGGCGGUGAAUGUUGAACUGGAAGAGCCUGACAUUAAGCUUAAGAAAUCUAAAAUCAAAAUGCCAAAGUUCCCUUUCUCAAAAUCUAAGGUCAAAGGCAGUGUUGGCUCCCCAGAGAUCUCGGUGUCUGCCUCAGGGUGCGAAGGGGGGUUACAGGCCAGCCUGGGUUCCUUGGAGGGUGAUGUGGAAGUGGAAGGGUCUGCUUCUCCGAAAGGGAAAUUCUCCUUCUUUAAGGGCAAAAAGUCCCGGCACCGGUCGUCGUCUUUCAGCGACGAGCAUUCCUCACAUUCGACGCCAACAGGCACACUGGAGCAUGACAAAGGCAAACAGGCCAAGCUGAAAUUUGGUACGUUUGGGGGGAUAGGGGCAAAAACUAAAGGUUCUUAUGAGGUAUCGGGAAGUGAUGACGAAAUGAAAUGAGUGAAGUGGGGGGGUUCUCGUGUACAUAUUGUCUCUGUGUGUAUAUAUCUUAUCUAUCUCCCUUAUAUGUGUGUAUAUACAAAUUUCCUAGCUUGAAAUGCUCAGCAAUAAAAACAGGGUGCCCAGUGAAAUGGUAGGCCUUAACUGAGAAAUAACCAUGUUUUUACUGUGGUCAGGGAGUCGUCGCAACAUGAUUAUCUCUUCCAUAGAUUAUAUGUAUAAAUAUCUCACAGAAACUGAUACAGCGGCUUUUCUUUGGCCAAAUUUUUUAAAGCAGUGAUAUGGCAGGUAAACUUGCAUCCCAGAAUCUAUUGCCGUACUUCCCACAAUGCACUGUGGCUGUAAUAACAGUUAAGUAGUGCCAAUUUUUUUUAAAAAGCGGCAACACACACAUAACACAGAAUGCUGCUUCGUAAAUCAGCUGUAUCAGUUUGAAUUAAACAGUAUCAUUUGUGCCAUGGGUAAUAAUGCCGAUUGUGUGAUGGGCACUUCUUCCGGCUACCAAUUUGAAAAGAGGUAGAACCUGGAUUUAUGUGAUAUUUAAAGCUGUGCCAUUAGGAAGGUGGGGUGUACAGUUCCUCAGAUGUAUUUUGGAAGUUCUCUCUUGUGUUUUAGGGUUGGGGGUUUGCGCUUCGUACGCUGAGAGCUUUACGUUUACUUAAGCAAGCUUUUAAAAACAUAUAAAUAUAUAUACUUUUCGACUUGCUAAAUAUCUUCAGUGUUGAUCUAUGGCAAUAGUUUUCCAUUUCAAUGACUCCCCUCCCCCUCCUGCUUUUAUCUGUGGAAGGGGGCAGCUAAAAAUUUUCUAUUGUUUAAAAAUUGGAUGUGUUAAAAGAAAAAGAAAAAAAAAACUCUGUAAAAAUAUAUAGAUGCAACUGAGAUGUGUCAAAUUUGGAGCCUCACAAACAGUCUUAGAUUGCUGCAGAAAGGUCAGGUUUUUUGUAUUCAUUUGAUACAGGACAGAUGUCAUAAAACACCCAUGGUAUAAUUUUCCAUUUUUGUCUGGUUAAAAAAGCCACGAUAAAAUAAAUUAACCAAAGAUUUUGUGUACAUUCUGACACCAUCUUAGUCAUCUCUAUAUAUUUGUUAUUUUUGUAUAAUGAAAUGAAAGUUUUCUGAGAUGUGGAGCAAAAUUCUUCAAGGCCUUCUAUAUUCCCUCCCAACCUUACAGAUGCUAUUUGUUAUCUACUUCAUCUUUUUGUUUAACAAAUGUAUCUCGAUUUUAAAACAAAACAGUAAAAGGAAAAUCUUUUCAGCACUUUAAAAGCAAAUUAAUUGAGAAUAACUGAUAUUGUAAAAUGGAAAUAAAGUGUUUAUUAACCUUUUGA